UGAAUCUUACUAAAAAAGAGAUGGAUUUUAGAAGCUGACCUCCAACAUGUCACGUCCCUAUCUCUAUCAUAUUUGUCCCGCACCGAGUUAAGUGCGUUUGGUUUUGUCCUUAAAUUUCUACGAAGUCCCUACACCACACGCCACGAUGGGUAGGGAGGACAAGGCUACUUGGAAGUCAAACUACUUCACCAAGAUCAUCCAACUGUUAGACGAUUACCCAAAAUGUUUCAUUGUGGGUGCAGACAAUGUGGGCUCGACCCAAAUGCAGCAGAUCCGUAUCUCGCUGCGUGGUCACAGCAUUGUGCUUAUGGGCAAGAACACCAUGAUGCGCAAGGCCAUCAAGGACCAUAUGGACACCAACCCAGCUCUUGAGAAACUGCUCCCACACAUCAAGGGCAACGUUGGCUUCGUCUUCACCCGUGGAGACUUAGUUGAUGUACGUGACAAGCUGCUGGAGAACAAAGUGCGUGCCCCUGCCCGUCCUGGUGCCAUUGCUCCUCUGUCUGUCGUCAUCCCCGCCCACAACACCGGGCUGGGUCCUGAGAAGACCUCCUUCUUCCAGGCUCUCUCUAUCCCCACCAAGAUUUCCAAGGGUACCAUUGAAAUCAUCAACGAUGUCCACAUCCUGAAGCCAGGUGACAAAGUUGGUGCUUCUGAGGCCACCCUUCUUAACAUGUUGAACAUCUCUCCCUUCUCGUAUGGUCUGGUUGUCAAGCAGGUAUACGACUCUGGUACCAUCUUCGCACCAGCAAUCCUGGACAUCAAACCUGAGGACCUUCGUGAGAAGUUCCUGGCUGGAGUUGCCAACGUCGCCGCGCUCUCGCUGGCCAUUGGUUACCCGACCGUCGCUUCCGCGCCUCACUCCAUCGCCAACGGAUUCAAGAACCUGCUCGCCAUUGCCGCCGUCACAGAGGUUGAGUUCAAGGAGGCUGAGACCAUCAAGGAGUUCAUUAAGGACCCCAGCAAGUUUGCUGCUGCCGCAGCUUCUGCCGCACCCGCUGCUGCUGCCCCAGCCGCCGCCGCCGCUGAAGAGAAGAAGGAGGAGAAGGAAGAGGAAGAGAGCGACGACGACAUGGGCUUCGGUCUCUUUGACUAAGCCCGCACGUGAGGCGCAGCCCGCCCGGACACGACCGAAAGGCGUGUAGGAACUGUUCGGAACGGACUUGCCUCGACGUCGAGCCCCGUGGCUGCAACCACCAGUGGAGACAGUCAACUCCGCCGGGUUUGGACACCCAUAUGGCGGCCGACUGCCUCUCAAACAUUGUGUGAUUGUAAUAAACGCCACUAAAAUA